UCAUUUCCUGGGUUCAUCAGCUCGAAAAAGCUCUCGCCUUUUGCUUCAACAUGAUUGAGUUGUUCUUGUGGAUUAGCUUGAUCUGUUGUUACUUUUAACUCUAUGCAUGAUUGAUUCCUUGUUUUUAAGAUGUUUCCCAUCGAGGGUUUGAUCAAAAGAGACGAUCUUUACUCUGUUUCAAGUAAAGGGCUUUUGAUGGUUCAUCUUAAUCUGUGUGAGGAGGUGUUUGUUUCUUAUGACGGGGAAGAGAUCUAAGAUAACUUGCAGAUCUGCUUCGCACAAGCUGUUCAAGGAUAAAGCCAAGAACCGCGUUGAUGAUUUGCAAGGGAUGCUUUUGGAUCUCCAGUUUGCGAGGAAAGAGAGCAGGGGUGUUGAUGUCACGCUUCUUGAGGAGCAAGUCAAUCAGAUGCUCCGUGAGUGGAAGUCUGAGCUCAACGAGCCUUCUCCAGCUUCAUCCUUGCAACAAGAACAGGGUGGUACUCUGGGAUCUUUCUCAACAGACAUUUGCCGGCUGCUGCAGCUCUGUGAUGAGGAAGAUGAUGCAACCAGCAAGUUAGCUCCACCCAAGCCUGAGCCUACUGAUCAGAAUCUCGAAGCUGGAAAAGCUGCUGUCUUCCAAAGGGGAUACAAUUUGGUCCAGGAGAAAUCAGAACAUGGAUUUUCAUUGGCUGAUGAUCAUGGCAAAGACCCUUGCUUAGUAGUUGGCAACAACUUCGACGGAACCGCUCAUUUGGAUUACAAUCAGUACGAUCUGCAACAAGAGUUUGAGCCAAACUUCAACGGUGGUUUCAACGAUUGUCCCACUUAUGGACCUUUACACAUCUCUGCUUUCAUCCCAACGAUCUGCCCUCCACCAUCUGCCUUCUUGGGUCCAAAAUGUGCUCUUUGGGAUUGCCCUAGGCCUGCUCAAGGGUUCGACUGGUUCCAGGAUUACUGCAGCAGCUUCCACGCUGCGCUUGCUUUCAACGAAGGCCCACCAGGGAUGAAUCCCGUCGUGCGUCCUGGUGGCAUUGGCUUGAAAGACGGUCUGCUUUUUGCAGCUCUAAGCGCCAAAGCUGGAGGGAAAGAUGUCGGUAUCCCCGAGUGUGAAGGAGCUGCAACUGCUAAAUCUCCUUGGAAUGCUCCUGAGCUCUUUGAUCUCACGGUUCUAGAGAGUGAGACACUAAGGGAGUGGCUGUUCUUCGACAAGCCGAGGAGAGCCUUUGAGAGCGGGAACAGAAAGCAAAGAUCCUUACCGGAUUACAACGGUCGCGGCUGGCACGAGUCGCGCAAACAGAUCAUGAGCGAGUUCGGAGGGCUGAAGAGGUCUUACUACAUGGAUCCACAGCCUCUGCACCAUUUCGAAUGGCAUCUUUACGAGUACGAGAUCAACAAGUGCGACGCUUGUGCCUUGUACAGGCUCGAGCUCAAGCUCGUUGUUGAUGGGAAGAAGAACUCAAAGGGAAAAUUAUCAACUGACUCGGUUGCUGAUCUGCAGAAACAGAUGGGAAGACUCACUGCUGAGUUCCCUCAAGAGAAUGUCAACAACAAACGCUGCAUCAAAGGAAGGCCAAAAGUGAACACAAAAGUGGCAGCCACUACCACAGGGAAUGUUCAGAACACAGUAGUAGAGCAGGGGAAUGAGUAUGGAGUAGGUGAAGAGUUUAACUAUCUUGUCGGAAAUCUAACCGACUAUUAUCUUCCCUGAGAAACGAAACAAACAAAACACUGUUGCUUACUAUUUAAACCAGGCAGCAGAAGAAGAAGCUUCUACAUCUUGUAGGGCAGGUUAUGGAUUUUUCUUUUCUUUUUAUCUUAUGACUAUAAUCAUCUCUAUAUCCAUGGAGAUUACUAUGUGUAUAUAUAACAAGAAAGGGGAUGCAGAAGAAGACUGUCAUGGAGUUUGAGAGAGCUUGUUUCUUCUAACCACAAGUAAAAGUUGAGAAGGAGACUGCUUUUUUUUUUUUAAAGAUUCAGUCUAUGGAAGGUGACAUUCCGGUUUAUAUGUAUUUUGAUGCAUUUUCGAAUGCAGAUGACGAGUUAUGUAACCGUUUUGGUUAUCGUUUUAUUGUGUUCUUAUACAGUCCGAAACUUGAAUGA